AUGUUUCGAAUCCUCGAGUCGCAGGUCCCAGCCAAACAAACGGCCACGGACACGAUCAAUACUUUGAGCGCUAGACUUCAGAGUGCCACGUUACUGGAAGACCGUCGGGCAGCUAUCCAAGGAUUAAGGAGCUUUGCAAAGCUAUAUCCCGCCUCUGUUGCUUCAGGUGCGCUGCGACCGUUGAUUAGCUGUCUCAGAAAUGAUCGAGAAGAUGUGGACACAAUCAAGGCGGUCUUGGAGACCUUGUUGAUGCUAUUCUCCCCGGAUGAAAAUAGUCCUGAAGCCUCGGACGAGAUCGCUCUUUGGCUUUCCGAUGAGUUCACGCAGCGGCAAGACAAUAUCACUGCUCUUCUAGACCUUCUUGAUACUCGAGACUUUUACUCCCGACUGUAUUCCCUACAACUAAUGUUCCAGAUCUCAAGCGCGCGACCAGAAAGAACGCAGGAGUGUAUUUUGACAGCACCACUGGGGAUUCCGAGACUAGUUAGUGUCUUGGGGGAUGCUCGAGAGCCCGUCCGCAAUGAAGCUUUGCUGCUCCUAAUUGCGCUGACGCCGGCAUCUGAGGAAUUCCAAAAGCUUGUCGCCUUUGAAAAUGCAUUUGAACUUAUAUUCUCGCUAAUCGAGACCGAGGGUGCUUUGACCCAUGGAUUAGAAGUGGUCGAGGACUGCCUUUCUUUGCUCGCCAAUCUUCUGAGACUUAAUAUUUCCAACCAGUCAUACUUCCGUGAAACGGGCUGUGUAAAGAGACUGGCAAAGCUCCUUGCUGAUGCCAACCAAGAGCAGGAAUCUGACGAGCCUGCUCCUCAGUGGAGUCUUGCACAGCGCGAUAAGAACAUCUGGGGAUUGCUGGUUAUAGUCCAGCUUUUUUUGGUUCGUGGUGGGAUCAACACCCCUACUAACCAAAUGGCAUUUUGGAAUAAUGGUGUUCUGGAGCAUGUGUUAAGCGUAGCUUUUAGUCAAAGGUUCAGUGUUAAUGUCACCUCCAAGGCUCUUGCCACAAUUGCAGACUUAAUCUGCGGAAAUCCACCUUUGCAGGAAAAAUUCGGGGAUGUUGAGGUUUUCUGGGGUACAAAGCCUGCUGAAGGUGCUACAAACGGCGAAAUACAACGGAUUAAUGUAAUGGAAGCACUACUGAAGCUGUCCCUUGAGCCUACCCCCAUUCAAUUAUUAGACGCGCGCCUUGCCGCAUGUGAGUGCAUCAAGGCCUUUUUCACUAACCACUCUGGAAUCCGCGUCCACGUUCUGAGAAGAGCGAUCGAAGGGCAUGUCAGCGGGCAAGACGAGAUCCCAAAUAUUCUGUCUGUCUUGCUUGCCCCACCAGAGUUACGUGGAAAUGCUGAUCCAUAUCAGACAUGGAUGGCUUCUGUGUUGAUGUUUCACUUGCUUUUCGAGAACGCGGAGGCAAAAGCAAUUGCGAUGGAGGUAACAGAGGGGGAUGCUGAGAACGGCGAAGAAGUCAUUACUUGCAUCCAAACAAUAGUGGGUAAUUUGGUUACUGGUAUACAGAGAGGGGAUGAUGAAAGAAUCUCUCUGGGAUACCUUAUGUUGCUUUGUGGCUGGCUCUUUGAAGAGCCGGAUGCUGUGAACGACUUCCUUGGAGAGGGCAGUAGUAUCCAAACCUUGCUGCAGGAGAUCAAGCAUCGGGGUGCCUCCUUCGUCCUUUUAUCCGGUCUUUGCACCGUUUUGCUGGGAAUAGUCUACGAGUUCUCUUCGAAAGAUUCCCCGAUUCCUCGCAAAACGCUGCAUAAGCUGUUGGCUGAACAAUUAGGGAGAGAUCAAUUUAUUGAUAAGAUAACACGAUUUAGAGAGUCUCCCAUGGUCCGGGAUUUCGAGGUCCUGCCACAGACCGUGGUUGGACAGUACGAAGGAGGGCUUCCGGAGAUAUAUUUUGAUCGGACAUUUAUUGACUUUCUCAAAGAUCACUUUGGCCGUCUAACUCGCGCAAUCGAUCGUGAGCCUGGCUUGGAGAUCUCCGUUAUCACCAAUGGUGUCGAGAGAGGAGUCUCGCGUGAGCUUGUGGAUUCUCUUAAAACGGAACUCGAAGAUCGAAACCAGGCAAUACAGAAGCUGGAAUCGGACCUGAUUGCACUGCAAAACAAGUUAGAGCAUGAACAACUUGAGCAUAGGAAGUCUAAGGAUUCGAGUGUUUUGGAGGCUUCCAAAAUUAAACAGAUCAAUGAGUCACUCCAAAGGAACCACGAACAGGAAUUAUCAGCGCUGAAGCAAGAGCAGCAGCGUGAGAAGAACGAAUUAGUGAGGCAGCAUGGCGACCAGCUUCGGACUAUCGACAACCAACUGAAAGUCACCUCAACUGAAUACGAGAGAAAGGGACACGCCAUGAGAGAACAGCACGAGGCUGAGGUCGCUGAUUUGCAGAAGAAAAUCGGGUCAUUAGGAUCGGAUUUCACACGUGUUAGGGAACAAUACACGGGUGAAGUCGCCAGUCUUAAGACUACGAUUGAGAAGCUGAGAUUGGAUGCCGACAAAAUUAAGGAACAGCAUGCAGCCGAAAUGUCAGAUUUGAAUAAAACAAUACAUCAACUUCGCUCAAGCGACAACAAGAGCAAAGAGCAGCACGCAGCUGAAGUCAGCGACCUAAACCACAAGAUACAAAUUCUCCAGGCGGAGGUAGAUGCGGUUAGCCAACAGCAUGAGUCUGAGCUCGCAAACCUCAAAUCCACAAACUAUUCUCUCAAGACUGAACUUGACUCAGCCAAACAACACCAUGAAACGUUGGCAAAGGAUCACAAGUCUACGAACGAUUCGUUGCAAUCAGAGCUCGAAGCAAGCAAACAGCAGCACGAAGCUGGAGUUGCCGACCUUAAAUCUAGAAAUGAGUCCCUACAGGCGGAACUGGAGGCCAUCAAGAAACAGCAUAGCUCGGAGCUUGCAGAUCUCAGAUCCGCGAACAGUUCUUUACAAUCACAACUCGAUGCGGCUAAGAAAGCCUCUACGCAGGACACUCAAGCGGUACACGAUGACUACGCCUUCAAGGUGUCUUCUCUUGAGAAACGAGCAGAAGAGGCGGAAACAAGAGCGAAGAAGACCGAGGAAGAUGCGCGUAAAUCCAGCCUGGCCCUUGAGGAGACCCGAAAGGCUCUGGAUAAGGCCAAGUCAGAAGCAAAGGAGAAAGAAGAAGCUCGCAAGGCCGCACAAUCUGAACUCGAGGAUCUGCUUAUUGUGUUUGGGGACUUGGAAGUCAAGAGAAACGAAGACAAGAAACGCCUGAAGGACCUCGGACAAGAAGUAUCAGAAGCAGAAGAUGACGAAGAUGAUGAGGAAGAUGCGGAAGACAACUGA